UGAAUAUGAUAAUAUAGCUUUUAAGUAGUAUAUUUGAUAAGCAUUUAUUUGGCAUGAGCUGAAAUAUUUUCGUCAAGGAAAGGAGAGAGUCAGAGAGGGGAGCAUGUGAACAAAAAUGAGGCCUCCCUCUCAAUAUUCUAACUCCAUUUUAUUUCAUUAAUCACCAAUUUUUACUGGCAAGGGAAAAACUGGAAACCAAUGGACGUGUCUUUUCAUGGUGGCGUAGGCGGGUCCCAUUGGACACAGUUCCAAAGCUUUUUGCCCUCCUACACUACAAAUACCCCCACAUUCCUUCCUCUCAUUGCCAUCAAGCCACACCCAUUUAAUUACCUUCCUCAAAGCAUCUUCUUCAUAUUCACUCACUAACCAAGCAAAGACCCUCCCCCAGUGGUCUCUUCGGAGGCCCCUGUUGGAUGCUGUUGCUUUUCUCUUGAAAGAAAAAGAUAAAUUUUAGUACAAUCUGCCUUCUACUUGGAGAUGUCUGCUCCACUGAGCAAGAGCCUCUGCUUGUCUUCAGCUUUGAACAUCAAUGAAGAGGCCAUGGUCACCGAGAAGAAAGGCAUAGUAUCCAUUCUUGGAUCCGAUACAGAGAGACCAACCGAAGCUGCUUCACUUAGAAGAACUUUGUCAGCUGAUAUGUCCUCCAAUAAAUGGCUAACUCAGCAUGGAUUCUCUCCCCUGAAAAAGAUUGCUUCAUCCAAGGAUUUCCCUGUUUCCACCACUGACUCGUCGUCAGAGGAAGAAGAGGAUUAUGAAGAAAGGAAGGUGACUGAAGCACGAGGUCAAUUCGAUAUCUGGACUUCAAUUCAAGAAGAAAAUAAAAAGAAGGAACUUGAAAAGCCUGGCCAGUUCGAUAUAUGGAGUUUAAUCAUAUCACAAAAGGCUCAAGAAGACCCUUCAAAGCCAGUUCCCCCUCCAUAUAUUCACCCUCUUGUGAAAAGAUCAGCUAGUUCUUUAAGCGAGAAAAGCCUUCAAAUUUGCACUGAGAGCCUUGGUUCGGAAACCGGCUCCGAUGGGUUCUCUUCAUACCCUCCAUCAGAAAGUGGUGACAUGGAAGAAGAUAAAGAGGAAGAUCAAGAACUCCAACAGCAAAAGCAAGAAAGAGUUGCACUGUUGAGUUCUUAUGAUGUUGACAAACCAAGAACCGUGAAAUAUAACUAUGAUGUUGUCAAGAAAUCGCCACACAGAUCAUUUCCUCCACCAAUUCCUUACCUUUCUUGCACAGAUGGAGCAUCUGUUCGCAUGAAGACUCAUCGUGAUAAUGGUAGAUUGGUUCUUCAAGCUGUUUCAGUGUCUUCACAGAACAACUUUCUUGCUCAACGCCAAGAUGGUCGCCUUGUCCUCACUUUUGCCAAUACCUGUACUUCUAGUGAAGCAGAGUCCAAGGUUAAUGAAGUGAUGAAUGCUGAAGAAGUAGAGAAAGUGGAAGAGUUAGAAGAAGAGUUUGAAAGCUAUGGAGAAGAAGAAAAAGAAAGUGAAAUAGAUAUUGAUGAAGAAGAAGAAGACGAGGAGGAAAUAGAUGAGAUUGAGGAAGUAGAAGAUAGGUAUUCUGAGAUGGAGAAGGGUCCUAAACUUUCAAGUGGAGCAAUGAAUGUGCAUAGGUUAGCUCUAAUAAUGAACAAGCCCAUAUGGUUAGCAAAUAGGAACCCAACAUGGCCUAACAAUUUUGACGAAAUAGUUAAAUUUGGAGAGGAAAGGGGGGAGAAGGUUGAGCCAACGAGCCCACCACCACUAGCACAGUCACUACCACCGCGGACGCUGGUGGCUAGGUUGAUACCAUCACCACCAUCAACAGCAGCAGCACCAGCAGCAGCUGGAGCAGCUGCAUCAUUCAAUGCUUAUGAGUACUACUGGAAGAGGCCUAAUCAACCCAUGUCAAAGGCGGCAAUUCUUAACCCACUCGCUCUACAGUCACCGCCACUCAAGGACAAUAGCAACAAGCAGCUAGUUCUCUCCAAGAAUCUAAUGGCGAAUGAUCAGCAACAAUUGCUCGUGUUGAGAGGGAACAAUGGUGAUUACUUUGUUCCUUUGUUAAGAGGCUGCAAGGAAUCUAGGAGGUCUCUGCUCUUCUUGGAGCCCUAUUGCAUUGCCACUUCCUGAUGAUCAAAAUCCACGUCAAAAUUUGCCUAUAAUUAUUGUUAUUACCCUAUCUUUUUUUUCUCUCUCCCCUAGCUAGUUUUUUCACUUCCACUCCUUGAGGGGGUGAUUGUGUUAUAGUCAAAUUAUCUAAUAAAAAGAUCAAGAAAAGGGGGAGAAUACUUUUGGAACUUUUAAAAAAUGAAGAAUGAAUGAAUGACAAAACAAGACUUAAACAAUGCUAUAAUGAUUCUCUUUGCCUACUUGUAGCUAAAACAAAAUCUUUAAUUGAAGCACAUCAUCUU